AUGAUAUGGAACAACCUCAUCCGGACAACAAUCUUUCCUUCCCUUAAUGGACCUGGAAUUAUGGGGAAUAUCCUAAUAUUUGUGAGACAUGCAUAUAUUUUGGUCAAGGGAACUGAGAGAAAACCCAUAGACCUCAUCAUCAUUCACCUGGCAUUUUCCAAUCUUGCACUGAUUUGUAACAUAGAAAUUGCAGAUAUGUCCACAGUAUUUCACUGGAGGAACUUACUAGGUGAGGCUGGUUGUAAAAUGGUGAUUUUCCUGGGAAGGCUGGCUCGAGGACUCUCCAUCUGCACCACCUCUCUCCUCAGCAUGGUCCAGGCUGUCACCAUCAACCCCAGGAUGACCCUGUGGAGAAAACUCAAACCACAGACUGCAGGGCAGGUUCUUCCCUAUCUCCUCCUCUUCUGGAUCUUUAAUUCUCUGAUAAGCUCCAACUUGCUGCAUUAUAUCACAGCAGUCAGUACUGUGAACACAUCUGGAGUUCACAUGUAUGGUGGGUACUGCUAUAUGGCUCCAUCCAGGCUAAUAGUGAGGUGGUUUUACAUCUGUCUCAUGGCUCUUCGUGAUGCCAUUUUUCAAAGUCUCAUGGGCUGGAGCAGUGCCUCCAUGGCUCUCCAUCUGUAUAAACAUCACAAGCGUGUCCUCUACCUUCAUAGCUCCAAGUGUGUAAAUAGUUCCAGUCCAGAAAUCAGAGCCACACAGAGUACUCUCAUUCUCAUGGCCUCUUUCCUAUUCUUUUAUUGGGCAGAUUUCAUUUUCUCAUUCUACAUAGGUUCCAUAGUUACAUAUGAUUCCAUACUCUUAAUGAUUAACCUUUUUUUACAAGUUGGUUAUGCUGUUUUCAGCCCUUUUAUUCUUAUCUGCAGACAUCUCCAUGUUGCUAAGGACUAGUGUCCUGGCAAAAUACUGAAGUCAUAUUUGAUACCCACUUCUCUGUGUAUUGGAGGUAUAAACUUAAGAAUCACAAAGAAAAAAACAAUGAAAAAGAAAAAAA